CAUGGGGCUGGCCCCCACCAUUAUAUUUUUAAUGUCUAGAAGUCAUUUAUGUUCUCUCUGAAUUCUCUGCCUAAACAUCCUAUCUUAUGCUUGUUUGAUGUGUACAGAACUCUCUGUUAUCUCUCUGAGGACAGUAAUGAGAGUAAGCUCCCUGACAUUUCCUUUCCCUGCUGGUUUCUCUUCCUUCAAGUUGCUUUUUUUUCUGUAUAUUUUCUGUAUGUUUAUUUCACAUGAGAAAUUUUCCUCAAAUAUGAGGUAAUCCUUGUCUGGUUAAGAGUGAAGAACAAAAGGCCGAUUGGGAGCUGAGGCUGAGGGUUGUCGAUUUUGAGCUGGUUGUGUAGAGAUCUGGGCACUGUCCGUUAGGAAACCCACUUGGUGAUCUUCAGGUCUUUGCUCUUGGACUGGCCCGAUUUCCAGAAUACAGUCCUCUGUUCUCUAUCCUAAAGGAUCAGGGUCUGGCUGCUGAAUCUCUGAACAGGAAGACCAAAUUUCUCUGCACUUCACUGCAGACAUCCUUACUUGGCACCCCCCCGCUUCCUCCAUGUUUUCUGUGUGUGGUACCCACACCCUCAAGCAUUCUGAUCAACCUCUAAUCCUAGGACCUUGCUUUCCGCUCUCUAGAGGUCAAACCUCCAGCAUGUGGGGAGGUAUUUGCCCAGCCUGUGUGUCUGGGGUGGUCGGGAUCCUGGAUCUAACUGCUCCUCAAACAGCUUUACCUCAGUCUACCUUUUUUUUAUGUUCUCCUUCACUGCCUGUUCCAGAGUCUCCUGGUGAUGCCAUUUUGAGCCUUUUGAGUAUUCUGCGGUGUAAUUUGGAGCAGCUCUGGAAAGCAGACAAUGAGUGGAGUAUCUGAAGGGCCUGUGCAGCCCCGAGCUGUGGAAGGAGGUUCGCUACCCGGCGGCCCUGCACUGCGCCUUCCUUGGGGCCCAGGGCCUCUUCCUCGACUGCCUCUGCUGGAGCACCCUGGCCUACCUGGUGCCCGGCCCCCCUGGCUCCCUGAUGGUGGGCGGGCUGACCGAGUCUUUCAUCAUGACCCAGAACUGGCUGGAGGAGCUGGUGGGGCGGCUGCGCUGGGGUCCUGCCCCUCUGCUCACCCCCCGAGGGAUCUGGGAGGCUGAGGUGACCCGGGCCUUUGGGGCCCUGGUCUGGAUCCGUGGUGACCAGUAUGCAGGGGACCUGCUGCAGCUGCCCCCAGCGGUCCAGGAGCUGCUACUGAGCCUGGUGCGGGAUGCUGCGGGCAAGGAGGACAUCAUUGAGUGGCUCAGCCGCAUUGGCACCUCCGACUCCCGCUCUGACCCGGAGGUCCUGAUCUGCCCUCCCCACCAGCAGAAGGAAGGCCCGGCCAUGGUGUCCGUGGGAGAUGGUCCUGGGCCCCUCCUGGAGAUGGGGACCCUCCAGAAUGGGAGCCCAGAAAAUUCAAAGAGAUUAACCAGCCUGGGAGCCACCAGGUCCCUAGUCUCAGGCACCCCAAGUCAGAACGCACAGCAGGAGACAGCCAACCAGCUGGUACGGGUCAGUUCCAACAACCACGGUGGUACGGACAGUGCUCGCGAGGAAGGGCCAUUGCAAGCCACCGGCAGCCAAGACUCUGCGAACCACACACAAGCCUUGUCACAGCAGAGGCAGGUCCAGAGGGUGGAAGACAAACUCCCCUUCCAGCCUCCGGUGUCAGCCCUGGGUGUGUGCCCGCCCUGGAAGGCCUGGGCCCCGGGGCCAGCAUUUGGGCCCUUGUGGCCAGGGGCUAUUGCUGCAACCUUCUGGAGGAUCAAUGAACUACAUUCUCUCCACCUGGCCUGGCUCCUGUCCCAGGCGUGCCUCAGUUUCCCCUUCUGGCAGAGACCGCUGGGCCCCAUUCAGUUCAAGCUGCCAGGGCAGAAUGCAUUGCCCUUAAAUCUGGAGUGGAAGCAGAAGGAGCUGGUUCCUUUGCCCAGUGUGGAAAGCCCGGACUGUAGACCUGAUGGGGGGCCAGGAGGAGAGGCAGCUCUACAGAAUUGCGCAAGGCCAGAGACUCCCAAAAAAGUAAUGAGUUUACUGGUGGUCUCAGGGGGCUCAGGUGUAAAGGACAAGGUGAGCCCAGGACUUCCACAAAUAGGGCCACCUUUGACCUCUAUGCCCCAACUCCAAGCUGGAAGUGAGCUGGGGGAUCAGAGAAGUGUGCAGUUGGAUUGUAAGGGGCCAGAAGAGGGGCCCUGUCCCGUGCCCCCCACAGGGCAAGAAGUACCUCCAGCUCAAGGGGGGCCUGUGGCUCAAGGGGGGCCGACAGUUCAGUCAGUCCCUGAUGCUCAAACAGUGCCUGAAACUCGCAAAGUGCCCGUGGCUGCGGCAGUGCCCACAGCUCAACCCCCACUCACGAACCAAGUGCUGCCUGCAGCCCCCGAAGUGCCUACAGCCCAGAUGAUGCCGGCCGUCCAAGCAGAACCUGCAACCCCCAAAGUGCCUUUGGCUCCAACAAAGCCAGCAGCUCAAGUGGUGCCCACAGCUCAAAAGGCAGCCGUGGGUCAACCGGUGUCGGCAGCUCGAAUGGUGCCUGCAACUCCCAAAACCCCCACAGCUCAGAAAAUGCCUGCAGCGAAAGCAUCACCUGCAGGGCCCAAAACACCCAAGGCUCACCCUGGGCCUGCAGCUAAAACAGGGUCUACAGCCCCCAAAGCACCUGUGGCCCCCAAAGCACCAGCCCCCAAAGCACCUGCAGCUCCCAAGGCCCCUGCAGCCCCCAAAGCUCCUGCAGCCCCCAAGGCCUCUGCAGCCUCCAAAGCCCCCAGGGUGCCCCAAACACCUGCGGCUCAGAAGGUGCCCACAGAUCUAGGGUCAAACUUGGAUGCAGCCAAACUCCUGAGCGAGCGCCAGCCUUCAUCAAGGGGCAGUACCUCCUUCCCGAAGGGCCAGGGAGACGUCGGGAGGCAGGGUUCCCAGUCCAGCAGCACCUUGGCCCCCAGGAGUAAGUACCAACCUCAGGGGGAGGGACUCCUGGGGGCUUGGGAGGGGGCCCCGAGGCAGCCGCCUCGCCACCCACAGGCGAACAGCACGGUGACCAGCUUCCAGAGGUACCACGAGGCCCUGAAUACACCCUUCGAGCUGAACCUGUCGGGGGAACCCGGGGACCAGGGCUUGCGGCGAGUGGUCAUUGAUGGCAGCAGCGUGGCCAUGGUGCAUGGCCUCCAGCACUUCUUUUCCUGCCGUGGCAUUGCCAUGGCAGUGCAGUAUUUCUGGAACCGGGGACACCGAGAGGUCACUGUGUUUGUACCCACCUGGCAGCUGAAGAAAAACCGGAGAGUGAGAGAGAGCCACUUUCUGACGAAGCUACACUCCCUCAAGAUGCUUUCAAUCACUCCCUCCCAGCUCGAGAAUGGCAAGAAGAUCGCCACCUACGAUUAUAGGUUCAUGGUGAAGCUGGCAGAGGAGACAGAUGGCAUCAUCGUCACCAAUGAGCAGCUCCACAUCCUGAUGAAUAAUUCCAAGAAACUGAUGGUCAAAGAUCGCCUGCUGCCCUUCACCUUUGCCGGGAAUCUCUUCAUGGUGCCCGACGACCCCCUGGGCCGUGAUGGCCCCACCCUGGAUGAGUUUCUGAAGAAGCCAAACAGGUUGGAUACUGACAUUGGCAACUUCCUGAAGGUGUGGAAGACUCUUCCUCCCAGCUCAGCCAGCAUCUCUGAGCUGAGUGAUGAUGCUGACCCCGCACCCCUGGAGAGUCCGCAGACUGUGGAAGAAGUCAGGGAGGAGGAGGAGGAGGAGGUGGAGGAGGAGGUGGAGGAGGAGGAGGGGCAGGACGAGGAACAGAGGGAGGAGCAGGAGAUGCAUGAGCCAGUAGAGGAGAAAGAUGACCUGGACUCUUCGCUGGCAUCAGUGUUCAAGGCUGAGUGCCCUUCCCUUUCAGAGGAAAUCCUCCAGUGCCUCAGCCUCCACGACCCCUCCGACGGGGCCCUAGACAUCGAUCUCUUGCCAGCUGUGGCUUCUCCCCACCUGGGCAUCCCCUGGGAUGGGAAGCCUCCUUGCCAGCAGGUGCUUGCCCACCUGGCCCAGCUGACCAUCCCCAGCAACUUCACCGCGCUCUCCUUCUUUGUGGGGUUCAUGGACUCCCACCGCGAUGUCAUCCCCGACUAUGAAGCCCUUGUGGGCCCCUUGCACAGCCUCCUCAAGCAGAAGCCAGACUGGCAGUGGGACCGGGAGCAUGAGAAGGCCUUCCUGGCCCUGAAGCGAGCCCUGGUGUCUGCUCUCUGCCUGGCGGCCCCCAACCCCCAGCUACCCUUCCGCCUGGAGGUGAUGGUGAGCCAUGUGGCCCUGACGGCCAUUGUCUAUCAGGAGCACUCAGGGAGGAAGCACCCCAUAGCCUAUACCUCAAAACCCCUCCUCCCAGAUGAGGACAGCGAGGGCCCUCAGUCGGGGGGAGAUAGCCCCUAUGCUGUGGCCUGGGCCCUCAAGCAUUUUUCCCGCUGCAUUGGAGACACCCCGGUGGUCCUGGACCUGAGCUACGCCUCCCGGACCACUGUGGACCCCGAGGCCCGAGAGGACCGCAGGGUCUCCAAAGCAUGGUUGAUCCGAUGGUCCCUCUUGGUUCAGGACAAAGGCAAGCGGGCCCUGGAACUGACCCUUCUCCAGGGUCUGCUGGGGGGGAACCGACUGCUGACGCCUGCAUCCUCCAUGCCUCGUUUUUUCCAGGUUCUGCCGCCUUUUUCUGACCUGUCCACCUUUGUCUGCAUCCACAUGUCAGGCUAUUGCUUUUACCGUGAGGACGAGUGGUGUGCUGGCUUUGGUCUCUAUGUCCUGUCUCCCACCAGUGCCCCUGUCUCCCUUUCCUUCUCUUGCUCCCCUUAUACCCCAACCUAUGCCCACCUGGCAGCCGUGGCCUGCGGCCUGGAGCGGUUUGGUCAGUCCCACCUCCCUGUGGUUUUCCUCACGCACUGCAACUGGAUCUUCAGCCUCCUCUGGGAGCUCCUGCCCCUCUGGAAGGCUCGGGGCUUCCUUUCCUCCGACGGGGCUCCGCUACCUCACCCGAGCCUGCUUUCCUACAUCAUAUCCCUCACCUCUGGCCUCUCAUCCCUUCCCUUUAUCUACCGAACCUCCUACCGGGGCUCCCUGUUUGCUGUGACAGUGGACACUCUGGCCAAGCAGGGUGCACAGGGGGGUGGGCAGUGGUGGAAUUUGCCAAAGGAUGUGCCAGCCCCAGUUGUGUCUCCCCAUACCAUGGGCAAGAGGCCUGACUUGCUGGCAUUACAGCUGAGCGACAGCACCCUGGCGGAUAUCAUUGCCAAGCUGCAGGCUGGGCAGAAGUUGUCCAGCUCCUCACCCUUCAGUUCUGCCUUUAACUCACUCAGCCUCGACAAGGAGAGUGGCCUGCUAAUGUUCAAGGGAGAUAAGAAGCCCAGGGUCUGGGUAGUCCCGAGGCAACUCCGGAGAGAUCUGAUUUUCUCUGUGCAUGACCUCCCCAUGGGGGCCCACCAGAGGCCCGAGGAGACCUAUAAGAAGUUGCGGUUGCUGGGGUGGUGGCCGGGGAUGCAGGAGCAUGUGAGAGAUUACUGCAGGAGCUGCUUGUUCUGCAUCCCCCGAAAUCUCAUAGGCAGUGAGUUGAAAGUUAUUGAGUCACUGUGGCCCCUCAGGUCGACUGCCCCCUGGUCGAACUUGCAGAUCGAGGUAGUGGGUCCCGUCACCAUAAGUGAGGAGGGCCACAAGCAUGUGCUGAUUGUGGCCGACCCCAACACCAGGUGGGUGGAGGCGUUCCCGCUGAAGCCCUACACGCACACGGCCGUGGCCCAGCUGCUGCUUCAGCAUGUAUUUGCGAGGUGGGGUGUUCCCGUGAGGCUGGAGGCCGCCCAGGGCCCCCAGUUUGCCCGCCAUGUCCUGGUGAGCUGUGGGUUAGCCCUGGGAGCCCAGGUAGCUUCCCUGAGUAGGGACCUUCAGUUCCCCUGCCUGACGAGCUCAGGGGCCUACUGGGAAUUCAAGAGGGCCCUCAAGGAGUUCAUCUUCCUGCAUGGCAAGAAGUGGGCCGCUUCCCUGCCCUUGCUGCACCUGGCCUUCAGGGCCUCCUCCAGCCAGGCCACACCGGUCCAGAUCCUCACGGGGGCUGAGGUGAGGCUGACCGAGCCCCUGUGGUGGGAGAUGAGCAGUGCAAACAUCGAAGGGCUCAAGAUGGAUGUCUUCCUGCUGCAGCUGAUGAGGGAGCUGCUGGAGCUCCACUGCAGGGUGGCCGACAAGGCGAGCGAAAAGGCCGAGAACAGGCGUUUCAGGCGGGAGAGCCAGGAGAAGGAGUGGAACGUGGGUGACCAGGUCCUCUUGCUGUCCCUCCCCAGGAACGGCAGCAGUGCCAAAUGGGUGGGUCCCUUCUAUAUCGGCGACCGGCUGAGCCUGUCUCUCUACAGGGUCUGGGGCUUCCCAACCCCAGAGAAGCUUGGGUGCAUCUAUCCCAGCAGUCUGAUGAAGGCCUUUGCCAAGAGCGGCACUCCCCUGUCCUUCAAGGUCUUAGAGCAGUGAGCUGGAGCAGUGGGGGAGCCCCUGCCCCAGGGCCCUGGGCUGCUGCUGCCAGGCUUCCCCCCACCCCAGCAGUGCUCUCACAGGCCCCUGGAGGCCUUCGCUGUGCCUUGUGUAGAGAAGUUACUUCAUAAAGCUUUGCUGAGUUGCCUUGAACUGGGCACCAGCGUCCCUAUGGACACAUUCCCCUUUUGGGGUAUUGGGGGAAUCUGCCAAAGGCUGUCAGAUAUGGUUCUCUGGCCGUUUUAUCCUGGGGGGUAGAAAGUCCCCUUACUAAAGGCCAGGUGCUCAAUGUCUUUCCCCAAGGAUCCCCUCCACCCUGUCACACAUAGGCAGGUAAACACGUACACACCCCUAAGAAUCUUACUCCUGGCUAUCUUAACCAUGGAACAGCGUGGCUCUGGACCUCAGAAUGAGAACCACAUUCCCCUCUCAAACACAAACCUCAGAUGUAGACUCCUCCCCUGACCUGUUCAUCUGGGGGCCCUUCGCCCUUGGCGUCCCCUGCCCAGCUGUCAAGCGAGGGCUGGCAGUCCUGGGCCUCGAGGCUCGGAGCUGGGGUGGGAGGAUGGCCAGCCACAUAGGCGUGAAAGGACAAGGGGGAGACUGAGUCAGUCUACCUCAUUUGACUCCAGCCAAUGGAGACAGUCCCCCGACCCCUGCGUUGAUGGUGUCAACCCCACGGGAAUCAAGGAUCUUGAUGCCAAGUGUGGCAUUUCUACCUGAAGAGCUGCUUCAACUAGACCAAGGGCCCCAGGCCUCUGUCUCAAGGGGGAUGGUGUCUGAAACCAGCAGUCUGGCACACGGGGAGGUGCUGGCUCUACCUCUCAGCCCCACCCCAAAGCUCACAGCCCUCUCCUCCUGCCUCCACUGUACCCUGUGUCCCAGACCCUACAUGGUGUGUGACUGCUUUGAUUGGAUCACCCCUCAUCCCCUGGACCUGGCUUCUGUAGAGCAAAACCCAGGCUCCCUCAGAGCCACCCUGCAACGGUCACUCUUGCAGCAAGAGGGAGUUUCUUGUAGGUGUGUGAGCGUCCACUCACCGCUCUGAAUUGCUGCUGCUCACAGAGUGGGCUCCAGGUGAGGGCCGGCACCGUAUCACUCUGGCUGGGCCUCUAAGUGGCUUUAUUUCUCCAAAGCUGAGCUGGUCUUCUGGCCUAGCUCAGGUUGUUGAAACGCUUGGCAUUGCUAGAGCCACAGUAGAACCUACCACUGAGUCCAGUUUGUUUGUUUUACAGCCAAGGAAAGAGGCCCAGAGAGGGGAAAUGGCUUGCCCAAGGUCACACAGCUAGUUCGUGGCUGAGCUGGAGCCAGGAUUAAGCUUCCUCACUGCCAGUUCACCAUAGACUGGGCUCUGGAGACAGGUUCAAGUGAGAGAAUCCCUCAAAAUCCUGUACCCGUAUUCCUUCCAGCUCCUCGUCUCCCAAGCCUAGUAGACAAUCUACUUAGAUGUUGCCCUUAAACCAUUUCCUGCUGCUAAUUCUGUCCAGGAAAGAAUGACUGGGUGACAACUGAGAAAUUGAAAGGUGAGCUGUGGGAUUUUUAGCAGAUCCUUCUUUCCCCCUCCUCCUCUCCCUCAUCCUCCGCCUUCUCCUCUUCCCCCUUUUCCCUCUAAUGGUACAUCCAGCCUCCUUAUCCCUCCCCAGUGCUAUACCCAUAAAUGUUAACCACGUUUAUGAUCUUAUGCCCAUUUAUGUGACUUUUUCAUUUGACUUGCCAAUAAAUGGAUCAAAAUGGA